AUGCCUCCGCUUCUCAAGCCUGGCGAGGUGAUUGAGGGCGAGCAGGGGCGGUGGCAGGUGGAGAAGAAGAUCGGCGAGGGGCAGUUCAGCGAGGUGUACCAGGUGCUGGAGCUGGGGACGCAGGAGCAGCGCGCGAUCAAGAUAGACAAGAAGCGGGAUGUGCAGACAGUCAAGGGCGAGUACAACACCCUGCAGCGCCUGCAGCAGAGCUGCAAGCAGGUGGUGCGGGCUGGGCAGCAGGAGCGCUGGCAGGAAGGCGGCAUCGAGCAGCGCCCCACCUCCCGCUGCUACAUGGUGAUGGACCUGCUGGGGGACAACCUCACACACAUGCGGCGCACAGCCAUGGGGGGGCGCGCCAACCUGGAGGCGGCACGGGUCAUCGGCUCCAGCAUGCUCAAGGCUCUGGAGGGGGUGCACAGGGCGGGUGUCAUCCACCGAGACGUCAAGCCCGCCAACUUUGUGGCGGCGCCGACGCACGCCGCAGACCCCACCACGGCCACCUGGACGCUCCUGGACUUUGGUCUGGCCCGCCAGUUCACCGACAGGGAGGGGGCGCUGCUGCACGCGCGCCCGCAGGCCGCCUUCCGCGGCAGCACCACCUACGCCUCGGUGAACUGCCUACAGGCGCAGGACCAGAGCCGGCGGGACGACAUGUGGGGGUGGCUGUACUGCCUGGUGGAGCUGAUUGAAGGCACGCUGCCGUGGCGCGGCGACGGCGGCGGCGGCGGCGGGUGCGAGGUCCCUGGCGGCCAGCUGCUGCCGUCGCCGCCGCAGGACGCGUGCGCGGCUGGCGGCCUCAGCUCCCAGCCUUCGCUGCCCCUGGGCGGCGGCGCGGGCGGCGGCAGCGGCAGGCUGAGCAAGGAUCUGGUGCUGCAGCGCAAGCUGGAAUGCCUGGACCAGCCGCAGCUGCUCUUCUCGUCCAUGGCCUGCCCCAAGGCUGAGUUUACACCCCGGCCAGCCGGGCGGCAGUGGCGGGCAGCGGCUGCGGGCGAGCCCGGCUGCCUUAUGCUGUCGCCGCCGCUGGAGCCGCCGUCGCCGCCGCCGCCGCCGCCGCCGAUGCUGACGCCACCUGUCCUCUGCCUGCGCCUGCGCCUGCGCCCGCUCCUGCGCCUCCAGUCGGUGUACGACAUCAGCCACUACCUGCGGGGCCUGGGGUUUGGGGAUGGUGUGGACUACCAGUUCCUGCGCGCACGCCUCAACGAGCUGGGCAGCGGCGAGGAGGCGCCGCCGCGCGCGCCACUCCUGGCGCAGCCGCCCGUCACGGCUGCCGCGCCGCCCGCCAACGGCCUGCACACCGGCGGUGGCGUGGGGGACCCGGCCGCUGCCGCGCCGGGCGGCAGGGCAGGGGACGGCGCCUCAAGGCAGCUGUCACGCGCCGCUUCGCCGGCCGCGCCGCUCGAGCGCCGGCCCUCGCGCCUGGGCCAGCCCGAGGCGGCCGCGGUGGCGGCCGCAGUCGCGGCGGCGGCAGGCAGGGAGGCCCAGCAGCCCGAGCAGCAGCAGCAGCAGCAGGGGGAGCACCAGCAGCUGCAGCAGCAGGCGGGCGCUUCUGGCCUGAGCAAGCAGCGCAGCCGCGAUCGCAGCAGGGAACGGCGGGGCCGUGAGCGGCGCAGCCGCAGCCGCGGCAGGCGCAGCCGCAGCCGGGAGCGGUAUGGCCGCAGCAGGAGCAGGGAGAGGUAUGGGGGCGGCAGGCGCAGCCACAGCCGCGACCGCAGCCGCGACCGCAGCCGCAGCCAGGAGCGGGAGAGGGGUCGCGGCAGGGGCAGGCGGAGGCGCAGCAGCCGCAGCCGAUCGCACGAGCGGCAGGGGCGGCGCGGCGGCGACGGCGCACGGCGGCGCGGCGCCAGCAGGAGCCGCAGCCGGUCGCCGCGGGGUGGCGGCGCCAGGCAGCAGCACCGCCGCGAGGGCAGCAGCGCUGGGGGGCAGGGGCCCACCCCCGCCCCCGCCGGCCAGCCAGCGGCAGGCGCAGCAGGCGAGCCUCCUGCGGCGGCGGCCCAGGCCGGCCCGGCGGGCGUCAGCAAGCACCAGGGCUUGUCAGAGGCGGAUGCGCACCAGCAUUACCGCGGCGUACUGGACUAUGUGUCCGCGCUGAGGCAGGGCGCUCUGUCGGAGCCUGCGGCGGCCGCCUGCCGUCAGAUGCGGGCGCUGGAGCCGAGCGAGGCGGCGGGGGUGCUGUGCUGGGUGCUGGAUGAGCUGGCCACAGCCACCGACCCGCAGCACCUGCCUGUGGCCGCCGCCUUCUGCCAAGAAAUUGCGGCCUUUGCUGCCGGCACAGCCAAGCGCUGCGUGGAGCGGUCGCGGCAGCAGCAGCGGUAG